GUGCAACGUGGGGGAGGGGCGCAUCAGGAGUUGGGAAGUGGGACGUCCAGUGUCACGUGACAUGGGCUGCCAUAGUAACACGUCUCCCUGCCUUGCAUCCAAUCAGAUAUGGACAGUGUCUGUGACGUCCGGGAACGGAGGGCCUAUAAAUCCAGCCAACGGCCUUCAACCCCCCCCCACCGGUCUUCUGGGAUGGGCUACGGGGAGGGGUGGCGCUGUCGUGUCCCAACCAUCCUCGGAAACUGAACCCUCUGAAACGGAGAUGGCGAAAGCGGAGACCUCCAAACCAGAGCCGUAUGAUGCGGAACCAAAACAGGCAAAGCAGAAGACAGCUAAUGGCCGCCGUCGCCGUCGCCGGCACUGCCGUAAGGACAAUUUCUCAAGUUUUGCUACCUAUUUCCCCGGGGUGCUGAGGCAAAUGCAUAAAGGCCUGAGUCUUUCCCACGACUCCGUGAACAUCCUGGAUUCGUUCGUGAAAGAUAUGUUUGAGCGGAUUGCCGAGGAGGCCGGGCGCCUGGCCCGCUACAACAAGCGCCGCACCAUCACGCACGAAGACAUCGAGGCAGCUGUGCGUCUUCUGUUGCCUGGGGAGCUCCGCAAGCAUGCCAUAACCGAGGCCACCAAGUCGCUCAUCAGAUACCACACGUGCAGAUGAACUGCCUCAGGACUGUCUGACCAUCGCAAACCAGACUUAAGGGUUCUCCCCUUAGGCCCUACAUUCAAUCUUUAAAACAUUUCUACCUCAACGAAAACAUUAAGAACCUCCUGACCUUUGCUUCAAUAUGUGUCGGUUGUGUCAUAUGUUCGAUGGAAAACCCUGUACUUUUCGCAACUCGUCACUUUCCUAAAUGGUUAUUUCUAUUCGUGGUUUCUCCGUAAGUAUAGGCAUCUUUAUGGUCAAAAUUCUCUCCCUACAAGUUUCAUUGGCCUUUUCCAUUUUCAUUCUCCCAUCUAUAUUUAGGUAUCAUCCAGAGAUUUAUUUUUUCUAAUUUAUUUUA